AUGCAUGCUAUACGGAAGAAUAACGGAAACAAUAAAAAACCAAACUUUUUGUUGAAGUAUCUCAAGCCCAGUUUGUUGUAUCUGAAGGAAUUCUCAGAGACGACUACCUUGCACGGUAUACGUCAUAUUGGUCUGUCCAACAGACAUUUGAUAGAAGUAAUCGUAUGGGUCCUGUGUGAAGUAAUUGCAAUUUAUGGAGCUUAUAAUUUAAUCCGUAAUAGUUGGACACGUUACAAUGAAAACCCUACAGUUAUAACUGUACAAAAAGAUUAUCGAUAUUGGUACCUUCAGUUUCCGAGUGCUACAUUCUGUUAUGUAGACCCUGUGGACACGAAUUUAGCUAAAAUCUAUAUAGAGCGUAAAUGGAGAGUGAGUUCUGGAGAGAAAUUUGAUUACUACAUGGAUUUUGUCAAGAAAGUUGCUAAUACAACGUAUGAAAAUUUAGAUAGCAUGGCGCCUUAUGUUAAUAACACCGAGCUAAAAUAUAUCGAUAUUAUGGACUUAAUCUUAAAGGUGCACGCUGACCCCCAAUAUAUAAUGACAUUGUUCAGUUCAGAUUUUAAAAAUAUAACCUUCUUACCUGUACUUACUGAAAUGGGUAUCUGUUAUACUUUCAAUGGAAAAAUAACUAAUUAUUUAACACCCGAAAGUAAAAUACGCGUUGAAAACAAUUCUUUAACCCCAUCUUGCAAUUUUCUCAAUGCAUUGUGUUAUGGAAGAGUAGAAAAUCUACCUCGAAUUAUUAAGUACUAUGUUCAUUAUCCAAAAGAAGUGCCCGACAUACAGGACAAAUACUAUUCAGUGUUCGAAAACAUGGAACGAGACACAACAUUCACGUUUUGGGAGAUGACAUCCGCGUCUGGACUGAGAAGACUGAAACCGUCACAACGCCAAUGUCGUUUCAUGGACGAACCAAUGGACAGUACAAUACCUGUUUACAGUUACAAUACCUGCCGAAUGAUAUGCAGAAGAAAGCUGGCUUUGGAGAAGUGCGGAUGUACUCCUCACUUUUAUCCUUACCCAGGUAAAAUGAAAGUUUGCGAUGUCAAAGGACUGUACUGUUUGUCGUUUCACAAAACGCUGUUGAUGAGCUUAGAACACGACGGGACACCGAUCAACUGCAACUGCCUAAUGCAGUGCGAGGAAGUUAAACUGUUUUUGGACAAGAAUUCAGAGAGGACAUGGUCGUAUCCAGUGCCGUGGGACAUCCGUUUCCGUUGGGCCGUUGACAAAUAUAGUAAAACACGAUUGCGCCGCGACGUCAUCUACAGCUUCGAAGAUUUAUUGGUUUCACUUGGCGGCACCGCAUCGUUUUUCCUUGGUUGCAGCGUCCUGUCCUUCGUCGAGAUAGGAUACUACGUCACGUUGAGGCUGUACUGGUUCGUCAACCGGAAGGCCGAGGGUUGACCACCCGUGUUCCCAAUGAAAAUACGUUUACUUAUCCGGCAGCGAACCUGAUUUCUAUGUUACUCGAUUGCAUCCAUAGGCGCACACUCGAAAAAAAAAGCUUAUUCUCUUUCGGCGUUCUAUUAUACUUCCGGUACUAAAGCGUACGAACGACUGUUUUGUCGGUUUUUGAAAAACAAACCUACACAUUUAACCUUACACCAAAAUGCUAUUAGAAAAUACGU